UUGUGAAAAAGAUCUGCUUUAUGAAUCUGAUGAAAUGGAUUUGCAAAAUAAAAUUGUUGAAAAAAGUCUAGUAAACAAAACAUAUACCACUGAAUCUUCACAGAAUACUGGUGUUAUAGUUGGAGAAAAAAAAUGCACAGUGUUUCUGAAAGUGACCAGGUAUGUACUAGAAAAAUAGUAUUUGGAUCAUUCCAUCAAGGGGACACUAGAUUUUCAUCAUUCUCAAGAGGUAGUCAGUGUACUUGUAAUGCUCUUACCAUGCUGAUAAAAUGUUAUGAAGGAUUUUCAUUUACAUCAGAAUUUAUAGAUAGAACAUUAGUGUCAGGAGACCAAAUUUACAUAAAGACCAUCAAAAGUUUGCAACAAAGGGGAGAGUUUCUCAACAAACUUUUAAAUUUUGAUGAAUUGCCAAUAAACUUAUCAGUGGGAGAAAAUCAUCAUGUUAUUCAAAAAUUUGAAACCAUUUGGGGACUGGUUAUCUUGGAAGAACAAAAUAGGCAGGUUAAAACAUUGCAUCAGGCUUUAGAAGAGGCAUUUCAAAUUUCAAGAUAUUUAAUGAUAAUGAUAGGAGCAAUUUGUUCUGCUAUAUAUAAAGUGUCGAACAAUGAGUAUUACUUCUUUGACUCGCAUUCACAUGAUGGUGAUGGCAUGUCUUCGAGUGAAGGUAAAUCUGUACUAGUGCUCAACAGGAGUAUUGAUGACCUAGUGUCUUAUAUGUACAACAUGUAUAACAGCAUGCAUAUUGAUCUUGCAGUGCAGUUUGAAAUUUUACCCAUCUCAAUUGCAACAUUGUAUCAUAGCUUUCCAGAAAAUGAUCCAUUACAAAAAGGUUUUACAGAAUGGAUGAUAAGCUAACAUCAGUGACAAAUUCAGAAUCCCAAGGUCAGUACAGGAAUACCUAUAUGAGAGAAUACAUGAAGAAAAAGAGACAAAAUGAACAAUUCAAACAUAUUGAAAGAAACAGAGAUGCUAGUGCAAAGAAAGUGAGUAGACAAAAUGUUGAAGUGAGAGAAAAAGAAAGAGUACAUGAUAAAGCUGCAAGAAAAUUAAAGCGAAAAAAUGUUGAAUCAAGAGAAAGAGAACAAGAACUGGAUAAAUCUGCAAGAAAAUUAAAAAGACAAAAUUAUGAUGUUAAAGAGAAAGAAAAUGAAAGGGAAACAACUGCAAGGAAACUUAAAAGACAGAAUGAUGAAGUGAGGGAAAAAGAAAGACAUCUGGAUAAAGCUGCAAGAAAAUUGAAAAGACAAAAUGCUGAAUCAAGAGAAAGAGAAAAAGAACUGGAUAAAUCUGCAAGAAAAUUAAAAACACAAAAUUAUGAUGUUAAAGAGAAAGAAAAUGAAAGGGAAACAACUGCAAGGAAACUUAAAAGACAGAAUGAUGAAGUGAGGGAAAAAGAAAGACAUCUGGAUAAAGCUGCAAGAAAAUUGAAAAGACAAAAUGCUGAAUCAAGAGAAAGAGAAAAAAAACUGGAUAAAUCUGCAAGAAAAUUAAAAAGACAAAAUUAUGAUGUUAAAGAGAAAGAAAAUGAAAGGGAAACAACUGCAAGGAAACUUAAAAGACAGAAUGAUGAAGUGAGGGAAAAAGAAAGACAUCUGGAUAAAGCUGCAAGAAAAUUGAAAAGAUUAAAUUGUAAAGUAAACAAAAAGAAAAUGAAGAAAAUAGAAUUUCAAAAAGCAAGUGUAGGGAAAACCCUCUUAUUCUUGAAAAAGAACGAUUAA